AUGCCUCUUGUGCAGAUUCCAAAAAUCCUUACCCCCCUUUUUAAUUAGAACAAAAAUUUUAUUAUUUUUCAAUGAAAGAUUUGCAAAGUAAAAUAGUUUUUAUAUAAAUAACUUUUGCUCAUUUUAAUGAAUUUAGUGUAAUAAAUUACUAUUUAAAUGCUAACGCCCUUAAUCUAUUAAUUCUGCCAAUAAUUUUUUAUAAAUUUUUUUUAAAAAUAGGAAAAUUAACACCUUUAAAUUGGAACAGAUUUUUGGUUCCAAUUUAAAAAUAGGAAGAGCUAAACUUGAUCACAGGAUCUGGUGGGCAAUAUUCGGGAUAUCACAGGUUUUAGUCUUUUGCCUCAUGCUAGGAGCAAUGUUCACUACCAGCUGGGUCGAGCUAAAUGACUCAGUCUUCAAAGGAAGCAUGCUUUAUCUCAGAGAAUUACUCGGAGAAACCGGAAACGAGCUUUACAGUCACUUUUACGAUAAAAAAGACGGCUGCAAGCAUUUGCAUAAAUUCUCCCUAUGCAAACUUAUCAAUGAUCUUGAUACAGCAGGCACCGCUUACAACUUUUUCGAAUGAAUUGGCUUUAUUUUCUUAUGUGUUUGGUUUGGCUAUUUCUUAAGCCUUAUUAUGAAGUGUGGAAGCUGCCGAUGCUGCUGCUUGCAUAGACCUUAUUGUGAGGCAAUAAUGGUCGUUAUUUGCCAUUACAUAGCCACUAUAGCAUGGCUUUCAAAUUCCCAUGCAGAGUUUAAGAGCGAUUGUGAUUGGGAUCGCAGCCAGACAGAUGUUCCUACAAUUUGUGCUAAGGAUGGACCAGCUAUUGCGAUAUUUUUGAUGGUGUUUUUACCAAUUAUUGUGGUCGUGUUUAUUUUUGUAUUCCAAAUUGCGUAUAAAGAUCUUAUAGCAGCAAGAGGGGAGAAUCAAGGACAGCUAGUGGUACAGCAAGGUGGAUAUAUGCCUCCAAUGCCUGUGCAGCCUGUACAGCCCGUUCCACAGUUUUAUCAGGCUUAUCAACCUGCUCCAGUGAUAGGACAAGGAUAUCCGGCACCUAAUCAACAAUUCGCUCCACCAAUGCAAUAUCCUAAUUAUCCGCCUCAAUAUCAGCAAUUUCCACAACCUCAAGCACCGGGCCAAGUCUAA